AUGGAGCUAUCUGCCGAGGCUGUCUGCGACACUUUAAAAACUAUUUCUGACAUUCCAGUCCUGCCUGUCAUUCAUCGACAUGUCUACUUUAUCCUUGGAAAACCCCUUUCAGGGAAAACAACCUUGGGAAGAAAGCUUGCCACCUACACGGACACCAUGCUUGUUUGUCCCGAAACAGCACUGGAUUAUGCUACAUCUACCGAAAUUUCUCCAAAUAAACAGCAGCUUCUAGAACACUUGGCAAAUGGUGGUUCAAUUCCAUCUGAACAAAUAGUCAAAAUGAUGCAAGAAUCUGUCAUAUCGAACAACUCUGAAUACAAAGGUUAUAUUGUAGAUGGACUGCCAUGUGGUUUGAAUGCCAAAAACACUAUUGAUCUUGAAUCUCCACCACUCGACAUGGCCGUAUUACACAAAAUAGUCCAAGAAAAAAACAAAGGUCACAUUCCGGUACUCAUUGAUUUACAAAUUUCUGAUGAAAACUUAAUACGUCGUCGCGCCUCUCAGUGGAUCGAUCCUUCUACAAACAUUGGGUAUUCAGGUCAGCAGGUAUUAUAUUCAAGAACACGACGCUCUCAAGGCUGGGUAGAUGGUCAAGAAGAUACUGUGGCUUUGUCAGAAAUGGAAUCUCAACAACUCGAGUUUUACAAUGAUGCGCUAGACGAACAUGAUGCCAAUGGAAAAAAUAAUACUACGGAUGCAGUAGAUGAAGCAGAAAGGGAAGAUCUAGAUGAAACGGCUAUACAAGACAACGAACUUGAAGAUGAUUUGCCACCUGCAUCAAAUAAUUCCAAGCAAAAAAAAAGAUUGGAAGCCAUCAAAAACAAAAAAACCUGGCCCAUUUUAUCUGAACAAAUACUAGAUAGGCUCAUCAAACGUCCAGAAGAUAAUCCGGAUCAAUCUUCAAAAGACUUGAUUGCCUACCAUAAAUAUGAAGCAGCUCUCAAUGAUUUCAAAAAAAAAUACUUUGACUUGUUACGAGUCAUCACACUAGAUGCAUCGCAGCAUCCAGAUGUUGUGUUUCAUCAAUUGAAACAGUGCCUAAUAACUCGCAACUUUUCACUCUACACUAUGCCAGUAAAAGCUUCGCGUUUGGCUCUACCUGAAGCAGAUAUAGAAGGCAUGUCCAAAUCCGAUGUAUUCCAAUACUACGCAUCUCAAAAUCUAAAAGAGUUUGAGCCAGUGAGAAGCAUGGGAUACUUUGGAAAACACUGCCCAGUAACAUUUUACAAUAACGGGACGCUUGUCGAGGGAGAUUUGAAAUUUGCGGCACUCUAUCGAGGCUCAAUCUAUUAUUUUUCCAGCGAAGCCUAUGCAGAAACUUUUGUGGAAAAUCCUUAUAAAUUUCUUCAAAAACCACUGGCUGUUUCAGAUAUUUACGCUGUAUUUAUUGGUCCUCCCCAUUCUGGAAAAACACUGCAAGCAAAAUUGCUGGCUGAGAGAUAUGGACUAAACUUGAUUUCGCUUGAUUCGCAGCUUAAAAAUUGGGAACAAACAUGCUUGGUUGAAUCGACUAUUGAUCAGACAUCCGAGACAAAAGAAGCUUUGGAAAAUAAUAUAUAUUUCAAGAUUAAAGAGCAUUUGAAAAACGGGACAGUCAUUUCUACCAAACUACUUAUAGAUGUUAUAAAGCUUUGUAUAAGCCAACAAAACACGCAUGGAAAGAGAUUUAACGGUUGGGUUUUGGAUGGAUAUCCUUGCAAUGCCGAGCAAGCUGAAGCCCUUGUAUCUUCUGGGCUUUCACCAAAGUACUUGUUUACUCUAAAAAGUGAGAUCGAUAACUCGGAAGUAUUGUCUCGCUGGGAAUCUCCCCGUACCGAUGCUUUAGGAAACUAUCCUGUUAAUGAAUUUGACAUUGGCAUCAAUGUAAAUCCAUACUAUAAUAAGCUUUAUAGUAGUUACAAAGAAAAUAUAUCAGGGAUUGUGCAAAUUUUAGAAAACUCUGGCGCAACUGUAGUCGAUAUUCCAGCAGAUCAAUCAAUAUCAAUGAUGAUCAAUCAAGUGGUUGCAUGUGUUGAUCCGUUUGUUCCGCAAGCAAGUCCACUUUCUGCAAACUCCAAUCGUGGUACAUACGAGGAGUUUGGGUUGACAAAAGACUACUGUCCUGUGACAUUAAAGUUGAAAAACGUUCUUUUAAAAGGAAGCAAGGAAAUCAGCGCCAACUUCUUGAAUCAUAUUUACUACUUUUCUUCGGAAGAUGCCCGAGUCGAUUUUUGCAAGGAGCCAGCUGUUUAUCUGUCCAAUAUUAAGAUUCCUCCACCUAGAAUCGUAUUUAUGGGACCUGCAGGAUCAGGAAAAACCACAUGUAUUUGUGCUUUAUCUAAAAAAUGGAAUAUACCACAUGUAGAGUUUCGCUCGCUUCUUGUUCAGUUUGCACACUCACUUGAGCAGGCACAGGAAGAAGAUAUUAUGACCAUGAUUGCGGAAAAUGCUACAAUUCCAUCAACAAUUAUGACGGAUGUGUUUGAGUACUUGUUUACUUUGGAGCCAUAUGUUUCAAAAGGAUUUUUACUUGAAGGAUUUCCACAAACAAAACAGGAUUUAGAUGUUGUCAUCAAGAAAAAUUAUGCUUUAGAUGCAUUUGUGAUGUUUCAAGUUUCACCUGAAAUUGCUGCAAAGCGUGUGAUGCGUGCAAAAAAGACUGGUUUAAACUUGUCCAACAAAAAUGAUGAUCAAAAGAUUGUCGUUGACAAAAAUGCACAACUGCCCUUGUCCGAAAAUGAACCUCAAGAAAUCUCGGAUGAGGAGCUAUUUGGAGAGUUGAUGUCUAGUGCGGAAAAAGAAAACGAGCAAUUUUCAGAAUACUUGACCAUCCUUUCCAAUGCAAGACCAGCACCCACAAUUGAGGUGAAUGCGUCAAAAAAUCUUAGACCCAUUUUAGCGUUUCUUGAACGUAAACUUUGCAAGUUUAUGGAAAAGAGAGAAUGUCUACUAUGUAACGUCAUUCCUAUUAGCACAAAACAUGCUGAUACUUUACUGAAACUGGGCACCAAGCAGUACAGUUCAAUUGGAAAAUAUUGUCCAGUAUCACUUCAAAAACCCAAUCAGUCGUAUGCACCAAUUUAUGGAACCAAGCCAGUGAUAUUUGGCAACUGUAUCUAUUAUCUGAAAGAUAUCUUGGCGAAAAAUGCGUUUAUAUCUAGUCCUCUCGAUUAUACUAUAAACUUGACACCACAACCAGUAGUUUUGCCAACUGUAUGUAUCCUGGGAGGACCAAAAUCAGGAAAAACAUCUAUUUCAGAAAAUCUGGCACUUGAAUUGAAUGCCGUGUAUAUAAAUGCAGCUACGGCAAUUCAAGCCAUUAUAAAUGGUGAUGAAAUUACAGCACUUUAUGACAAUCUGAAACACUGUUUAGAUUGUGGUAAAGGUAUAUCUGAAGAAUUGGUUUUGGAGGCAAUUAUGCUAAUAUCAGCAAGAACCAUCAAUGCUGGACAUGGUCAAGUAUAUAUUAGCUGGGUGUUGGAUGGUUUUCCAGAAACAUUUAACCAAGCCGUCAAAAUGGAGCAACAAGGCUUUCGUCCAAGCAUUUUUAUAGAGCUGAGCAUUGAUGAUUCCAAUGUACAGUACAGACGACAAGCUGACAAAUCUCAAAAUUUAAAGAAUUUUACUCCGCAUUUAGAUAUAAAAGAGGUUGUUGAGUUAGAUCUUGCUCAAUUCAAUCAGCAAAUUGUACCUAUUCAAAGUGUAUUUUCGGAAAAGUACUCGAAUUGGAAUACCAUUGAUGCAAGAAAUUCAAAAUGGGCAACAAAACACAUAGCCCAUCAAGCCAUUUGUCACAUUCUACACCAAAAACAAACAUAUAUUUACCGAAAAAACAAAGUCUCAUUGUUGGAUUCAAAAGAGCUUAUCCAAGUGUCCAAAUCAAGUCCAUAUUUGACAGAGUAUAUGGGUUUGAUAUACUGUUUUGCCGGUAGCUCGGAACUACAAUCAUUCAUGGAUAAUCCUGACAAAUACGCUCAGAGUGCUCAUCUUUUAGAGCAUUUGCCGAUCCACAGGUCAAGAUUUGAAGUGAAAGCCAUGUUUCCAAAACAACUGGAACUAAAGGGCUAUUGUCCAGUCACUUUUUCAUUAGGAAAAUCAGGCUUUUCUUCGAUUUUGAUUGGAAGUAACGAAUGCGUUGUCGAGUACAUUGGAAAGCUGUAUGCAAUGCAUAGCAAAGUAGAAAUGGAUAAAUUCAUGAGAAAACCAUGGGCAUAUGUUGAUCAAAUUCUUCCCAGUAAACUUCCUCCACCAAUAGCUCCCCUGCCAAUAUCUGGAUUGCCUGUUAUUGGAUAUAUGGAGCAAACACUCUCGACUGCUUUAACUAGUGGAUUGCGUGACUUGGGACACUUUAAACCCAAAUUUCCGUACCUGAGCAUAGAAAUCUCUGCGUGCAAAUACUUGGCAUUAUAUCUCAAGGCAAAUAACCCACAUUCUAAAGAUUGGGUACGCAGUGGAUAUGCUCUGCGCCUUCAAACCUUUAAAAGCAAAUCAUCUUGCUUCCACGUUGACGCGUGA